AUGGCUUCAUCGUCAAGCAAAUACCAGCCUCUCUACCCGUCUGACAUGGCCAGCAACCAUGACUCGGACCAUGAAGAGGCUAGUAAUGGCGCUUUGUUCAUGCUGUAUCAGAGACGUCUCCAGAAGUACAUCAUAGCUAUUAUACUUCUUGUUCUUUCCAACGUGACCUUUGGCAGCUUCUUGUUGAUGGCCUGGACGCAAACGGCACAAACCAAUACUGUCGAUUGUGUGAGGCCUCGGCUGACAUACUCACCCGCCACAAGUGUCAUUCGUUAUGAGAAAAAGCGUCUAUGGCGGGACAUCGACGGGCCAAAUCCGUUUACUGGCAAGCCACGUCCGGAAUUUGACCAAGCAUGGCGGGAUAUCAUCGCUCCCAUCACUAUAAAAGUGUCUCGUGAGGAGCUUGCCCGAUUCAAUGAAGGCGACACCACCAUAGCGUUCAAGGAUGGCUCUGGGUACAUUGCUGAGAUGGGAGUGUAUCAUGAACUGCACUGCAUUAAACGGGUUAGACUCUAUCUACACCUAGAUCAUUAUUAUCCUAACAUGACAGACUCGGAUCGUGUUCGGGAAGAUGCACACAUAGACCAUUGCCUCGAGUAUUGGAGGCAAUCCGUCAUGUGUAGAGGUGAUACUACCCUUGGAACCUUCUUCUGGCGAGAUGGCAUACCCACUUCAAGAGUGUAUACAGACAAUGAAUGUGUCGAUUGGCAUGCAUUGGAUCACUGGGCCAGACAAAGAAUGGUCAACACGGCAGAUUAUUCCCAGUUUGUGAAAGAUGAUUAG